AUGACCUUCAUGUCGAUGGCCACGGUGGUGGCGGUGGCCGAGCCAAAAUGGGUCUCGUUGGUGUGGAGCCGCUGGCUGUGGGCGAUGGCCCUGCUGGGCGUGCUGCUGGGGUCCCUGCUGAUGCUCUUGCUCCCCCCGGGGGCCAAGGAUGAGCAGUGCUCUGUGAUCCGGAAGGGGCUGUCCUCGCUGAAGAACAAGUUGGAGGGAGGCCAUGGGAGCAGUAAGGGGUACAGCUCUCCCAGCACCGGGCUCAGCGUCACGUCCAGAGGCAUCAAUCUGCUGGUGGUCAAGCCCAAAGCGUCUCCAGAUGUCAAGCUAGAAGCCAGAGCGGCCUUGAACCAGGCCCUGGAAAUGAAGCGGCAGGGGAAGCGAGAGAAGGCCCACAGACUCUUCUUACAUGCCCUCAAGAUGGACCCCGAUUAUGUGGACGCCCUCAAUGAGCUGGGCAUCUUUUCUGAAGAGGAGAAGGACAUCCUGCAGGCCGAUUACUUAUACACCAAAGCGCUGACCAUCUCGCCCUACAACGAGAAGGCUCUGGUCAACAGGGACCGGACCCUGCCUCUGGUGGAAGAGAUAGACCAGAGGUACUUCAGCAUCAUCGACAGCAAAGUGAAAAAGGUGAUGGCCAUCCCGAAGGGGAGCUCGGCGCUGCGGCGGGUCAUGGAGGAGUCCUACUACCAUCACAUCUACCACACCGUCGCCAUCGAAGGCAAUACCCUCACCCUCUCCGAAAUUCGACACAUCAUCGAGACCCGCUACGCCGUGCCGGGGAAGAGCCUGGAGGAGCAGAACGAGGUCAUCGGCAUGCACGCGGCCAUGAAGUACAUCAACACCACUCUGGUGUCCAGGAUCGGUUCCGUCACCAUCAGCGACAUGCUCGAGAUCCACAGGCGGGUGCUGGGUUAUGUGGAUCCCGUGGAGGCGGGGAGAUUUAGGACUACCCAGGUGUUUGUGGGCCACCACAUUCCUCCCCACCCUAAAGAUGUGGAAAAACAGAUGGAAGAGUUCAUACAGUGGCUGAACUCGGAGGACGCCAUGAAUUUGCACCCCGUGGAGUUUGCGGCCUUGGCCCACUAUAAACUGGUCUACAUCCACCCCUUCGUCGACGGCAACGGCAGGACCUCCCGCUUGCUGAUGAACCUAAUCUUGAUGCAGGCGGGCUACCCUCCCAUUACAAUCCGGAAGGAGCAGAGGUCCGAGUAUUACCACGUGCUGGAAGUUGCCAACGAAGGGGACGUGAGACCCUUCAUCCGUUUCAUUGCCAAGUGUACCGAGACCACUUUAGACAUGCUGCUCAUCGCCACCACCGACCAUGCUGUGGGCUUGCCAGAAGCAAAUCCCAACCUUUCCGGAUGCAGACAGACUAUUCCUGUGAAAACCUAAAUCUGUAUGACUCUCAAAAGUACAGCAGGGAUUGUUCUGGAGGAACCACCUAGAAGCCUUGGGCGGUCCUACUGGGAAACCAGUCGUCUCAUAAAGGCUAGAGAGCGUAAGCAUUCUUGACCUCAGAAUGUUUCUGGUUUUAGUUCUUUUUUUCUUUAAUAAGUCAAAUUAAGCCGUGUCUCUAUUAUAAUAAUUUAUAAGCUAACUAAGCCAAAUUAUUUAUUUGGGUUUGUGUUUUAAAGCAGGCUAGAAAUGUCGGACAUUGUAGCCAAACUCUGGGCUGGGCAUUAAGAUCCUCUAGGCUUUUUGCAGGGUAUUCAGGGAAGCUAUAUUGUGGGAUGUGUCCUGUGGGCCCCUGUAUAUUCUCUCCAAGCUAUGCAACUAAGUCUCCUGGUCAGGAGGUGUACCAAAGUGGGAAGAAAGGUGGCCAUUCUGGCAAGUCAGAAAUGGGGCUACGGGUCAGGCUGCAGAAAGCCUCACUUGAGAGCACGUCCCUCUUCUGGGCCUCAGCACUGGGAGUUAUUUUUAUAGACGACAGGCAGCUUUCCUUUGGAAGACGCCCUUCUGUCUACCCAGACCGACUUGGUCAUUAGCUUCUGCCUAGAACGCAAACUACUGAGAUGUUAAAUUAGAAUCAGUUUUAACUUGUGGGACUUUGCAUGCCUCGAUUGGCUUUUUUCCCCCCAAGAAGGCUCUUUGAGCUGUACUUGUGUUUUUCUAAGGUGAGUUAUUUUUGUAAUUAAGACUAACAAAAAGAUUAGCCUGGUUCCCUCCCUCUCUGUUCUUCCCAGUCCCCCUUCUUGGAAGAAGAGGGGAACAUCUCUUGGGGCAGAAGUUGUCUGGAUAUCAGACCACUCCAUCAUCUCUCCAUCAAGCUGUGAACCCAGGACCAUCAAAGUCUUAAGAAUGUCUUCCCUGACGGAUCACUCCUAAACCUAUUCCUUGGAAGCAGAUUCUCCAUGGACAUGCUGAGCGAGUACAAAUCUGAUCUCUGACACGGGGUCGGGUGUAAGCAGCAGAUCAUGGUCCUUGAUGAAAACUUUGCCGCCUUUGGGGCAGCCUUCUGUCGCCCUGGCCAGUAUCUUUGCCUUCUCUGUGCAAUAUCCUCUCCCAAGUUCUUUUCAUUAUGCCUUCUAUUAUUAUUCCCCGCUUCAUCUUCAGAGAUACCUCAUGCUCAGCACAGGCAAAGGGCCCUCAUCGUUGGGCUGAGGCCUUCUGAGCAGCUUGGAAGGAAGGGGAUGAACUCUGUUCUAGGACUCAAGGCCACGUUUCAAGGGAUGCCACCCUGAGAGCAGAGCCCUUGGUGGCCCAAGUGGUAUGGCUCUACCAGCCAGGAAAAUAACCAGGGUCUUUCUGCGUGAUGGAAUCCAUCCACUUGGUGAACCUUUUGCUUAGUCACUAUUACUGCAUCCUAUCAGUGCUGGCGCACAUGUCAAGCUUCCGCCUUUCUCAACCAUGUAAACAGCUGUCACAGAUGGACAGAUGUUGGAAGCCAGCACAAUGAAUGCAUCUCUACUAGCUUUCUAAAAGGCUACGAAAAGCAUCAAAGUCUUCACUUAAUGGCCCCAGGGAAUUCAAAGAGUUCCUUCUCACCCCAAAUCCAGAGGAUUUUAAACAGACCACUGCCAUCAAUUAGUGAACCCUUCUUAAACCCUAACUCUCCAGUGGAUUUGGUUCUUGGGAACAAGGCUAGCUUGUUCCACAGAGGCUAGACCCCGAGGCUAGCUGAACCACUAGACAAAAGCACUUGUUUUGAUACUACAGAAUGAAUGAAAUUUGCACUUUAGUUCUAAGUGAAGGAUGUUACUCUAACA